AACGCACCGUUGCCUGAAGAGCCACUCACUUUCAGUUAACGCUGUGUACGCUACAGGCGUCGCGGACAGUGCUAAGUUUGUGAACGUACGAUAAGUUUCAGCGAUGAAUCUAAAGAUGCAAGUAGCUGUUCUGGUUGCGGUGUUCCUCUGUAUGGUAGAUGGUGCCCCAGAUGGAAGACUGGUUAGGAGCAAACAGCAACGUCCUACGCGCGGGUUCAAGAACGUAGAAAUGAUGACGGCAAGGGGUUUUGGGAAGCGCGCUCAAACUCGCUCUGAACGCGACGUGACACAACAAACAGCAUCACCACGAACGAAUCGUGGUACCCCCACAUUUAAAAGUCCCUCCGUGGGUAUCGCCAGAGAUUUUGGCAAAAGAGCACCGGAAAUGGAUUCAGAAGGUUUCGAAGAAGUACGGCCCACAUUUAUUCCCCAUGUUAAACUUAUGGUAGCGAGAAAUUACGGAAAACGUGGCGAUGAAAUGAACGAAGAAGUGUAUGGGCUGGACAACUUUUGGGAAAACCUCGAGGCCAUACAAGAAAAGGAGGCGCAAGACGAUGAAAAAACAUUGGAAAGCAUUCCAAUGGACUGGUUUGUGAAUGAGAUGCUGAACAACCCGGACUUCACUCGAUCUGUUGUACGAAAGUUCAUUGACCUUAAUCAAGACGGCGAAUUAUCUGCGGACGAACUCCUGAGAAACGUGGCAUAAUCUUAGUUGCACUAAACUUUCGAAUCUGUUAAAGUUAAUUAUGUUUGGAAACUUUAUUUACUGUAUUUAAAUUUAGUACUGUGAUAAAUUAUUUUUAAAUUGCAACAUAAAAUUUAAAAAAAAAAUUAUCUUUGAAAAUGGAAUAAAUCGCUUUGUAAAUAUAAUAAAUUGUCUAUGGCGUAAUCUUUGGUCAAUUUGAAUAGAUAUUCGAUGUUUUAUGGACGCCACUUUUAGAAAUAUUGUUAAAAUAUAUUUUUGUUGUGACGUAGAUAUUUUCUCAUGUGUUUUAAAAAUGGAUAGAGACACAAGACUUAAAAGUAGUAACUCUUUUGUAUUCUCUUCUAAAUAACUUGGUUGCCAUAGGCUGGGUAUAAUUGAAUAUUUUUAAUUUAUACUCUACAUACAUACAUAUAGUUAUGUUAAAAUAUAUAAUUGUAUAGUACAUUAUAUGUGCGGAUAUCCGAUUGUCGAAAUUUUGGAAUAAAGAUGUUGGGUAUCGAAA